CUAUCCUUAGCUAACACCGUCACAUCUACUUCUGCCGGCGCCACUACAACUUCAAAUGGAGCUGACAUCACCACGAGUUCCACAGUGGUUGAUCCAUUAACAACAGUCACGGACACGGCUGCUGACGUCACUACUGUUUCAUUUCCAACAACCACAAGUUAUCCAAUCACAUCCACUACCACAUCAACUACCACAUCUACUACCACAGUUGGUGCCAAUACAUCUACUACCACAGCUGACGCCAUCACAUCUACUACCGCAGUUGGUGCCAAUACAUCUACUACCACAGUUGACUCCAUCACAUCUACUACCACAGCUGACGCCAUCACACCUACUACCGCAGCUGACGCUAUAACUACCACCACAGCUGACGUCAUCACAUCUACCGCCACAGCUGGCACCAUUACAUCUACUACCAAACCUGGCACCAUCACUUCUACUACUACAGCUGACGCUACAACUACUACCACACCUGGCACCAUCACUUCUACUAAUACAGCUGACGCUACAACUACUACCACACCUGACCUGACGCUACAACUACUACCACAGCUGACGCCUGGCAACAUCACUUCCACUACCAGGCUGACCAUCAAUUCUACUACUACAGCUGACGCUACAUCUACUACUACAGCUGACGCUACAACUACUACCACACCUGACGCCAUCACAUCUACUAACACAGGUGAUGCCAUCACAUCUAAUGCCACAGCUGACGCCAACACAUCUACUACCACAGCUGAUGCUACAACUACUACCACACCUGACACCAUCACUUCUACCACUACAACUGACGCUACAACUACUACCACAGCCGACGCUACAACUUCUACCACACCUGAUACCAUCUCUUCUACCACUACAACUGACGCUACAACUACUACCGCACCUGACGCCAUUACAUCUACCGCCACAGCUGACGCCAUCACAUCUACUAACUCAGGUGACGCCAUGAAAUCUACCGCAACAGCUGACGCCAUCACUUCUACUACCACAGCCUACGCUACAACUACUACUACACCUGCCACCAUCACAUCUACUACUACAGCUGACGCCAGCACAGCUGAUGCCAUCACAUCUACUACCACCGUUGAUUCUAUCAUAUUAACAACUACAGCUGAAGUGGCAACUACUACCACAGCUGACGUUAUAACUACUACCACAGCUGACGUCAUCACAUCUACUACCACAGCUGACGUCAUCACAUCUAAUACUACAGCUAAUGCUAUCACAUCUACUGCAAAAGCUCACGCUACAACAUCUACUACCAUAACUCCGGCCUCCACAUCUACAACCUCACCUGAUACCAUCACGACUCCUAUCACAGCUGAUGCCAUCACAUCCGCUACAACUACUACCACACCUGACACCAUCACUUCUACUUCUACAGCCGACGCUACAACUACUACCACACCUGACACCAUCACUUCUACUACUACAGCUGACGCUAAAACUACUACCACACCUGACGCCAUCACAUCUACUAACACAGGUGACGCCAUCACAUCUAAUGCCACAGCUGACGCCAACACAUCUACUACCACAGCUGAUGCUACAACUACUACCACACCUGACACCAUCACUUCUACCACUACAACUGACGCUACAACUACUACCACACCUGGCACCAUCACUUCUACUACUACAGCUGACGCUACAACUACUACCACACCUGGCACCAUCACGUCUACAACUACAGCCGACGCUACAACUACUACCACACCUGGCACCAUUACUUCUACUACCACAGCCGACGCUACAACUACUACCACACCUUGCACCAUCACUUCUACUACUAUAGCUGACGCUACAACUACUACCACAGCCGACGCUACAACUACUACCACACCUGGCACCAUCACUUCUACUACUAUAGCUGACGCUACAACUACUACUACAGCUGACGCUAAAACUACUACCACUCCUGGCACCAUCACUUCUACUACUACAGCUGACGCUACAACUACUACCACAGCUGACGCUACAACUACUACCACUCCUGGCACCAUCACUUCUACUACCACAGUUGACGCUACAACUACUACCACAGCUGACGCUACAACUACUACCACAGCUGACGCUACAACUACUACCACACCCUACAUCAUCACUUCUACUACUACAGCUGACGCUACAACUACUACCACAGCUGACGCUACAACUACUACCACACCUGACAUCACCACUUCUACUACUACAGCUGACGCUACAACUACUACCACACCUGACACCAUCACUUCUACUACUACAGCUGACGCUACAACUACUACCACAGCCGUCCCUACAACUAUUACCACACCUGACACCAUCACUUCUACUACUACAGCUGACGCUACAACUACUACUACAGCUGACGCUAAAACUACUACCACACCUGACGCUACAACUACUACCACACCUGACCCUACAACUACUACCACACCUGACGCCAUCACUUCUUCUACUACAGCUGACGGUACAACUACUACCACACCUGGCACCAUCACUUUUACUUCUACAGCUGACGCUACAACUACUACCACACCUGACACCAUCACUUCUACUACUACAGCUGACGCUACAACUACUACUACACCUGACACCAUCACUUCUACAACUACAGCUGACGCUACAACUACUACCACAGCCGUCGCUACAACUACAACCACACCUGGCACCAUCACUUCUACUACUACAGCUGACGCUACAACUACUACCACAGCUGACGCUUCAACUACUACCACACCUGGCACCAUCACAUCUACCACCACAGCUGACGCCAUCACAUCUACCAACACAGGUGACGCCAUCACAUCCACCGCAACAGCUGACGCCAUCACAUCUACUACCAAAGCCUACGCUACAACUAUUAACACACCUGCCACCAUCACAUCUACUAAUACAGCCGACGCCAGCACAGCUGAUGCCAUCACAUCUACUACCACCGUUGAUUCUAUCAUAUUAACAACUACAGCUGAAGCGGCAACUACUACCACAGCUGACGUUACAACUACUACCACAGCUGACGUCAUCACAUCUAAUACUACAGCUAAUGCUAUCACAUCUACUGCAAAAGCUCACGCUACAACAUCUACUACCAUAACUCCGGCCUCCACAUCUACAACCACACCUGAUACCAUCACGACUCCUAUCACAGCUGACGUCAGCACAUCUGCUACCACAGCUGACACGGCAACUACUACCACAGCUGACGCCAUCACAACCACUACAACAGCUGACGUCAUCACAUCUACUACCACAGCUGACACGGCAACUACUACCACAGCUGACGCCAUCACAUCUGCUACCACCGUUGACUCUAUCACAUCUACUACCACAGCUGACACGGCAACUACUAACAGAGCUGACGCCAUCACGACUAAUACCACAGCUGACGUCAUCACAUCUACUACCACAGCUGACACAACAACUACAGCUAACUCCACGACUUCUCCUACUGCUGACACCACAACUACAGUUAACACCACGAAUACUCCUCCAGCUGAAACGACACCUACAGCUAAUGCCACGACGUAUCGUACAGCUGACACCAGUACUACAGCUAACACCAUACCUACAGCUGACACCAGUACUACAACUAACGCCACGACUCCUACAGCUCACACAAGUACUACAGGUAACGCCAUGACUUAUUCAACUGCUGACACCACAACAACAGCUAACGCCAUGACUUCUGCUACAGCUGACACUACAACUACAGCUAACGCCACGACGUCUCCAACUGCUGACACAACAACAACAGCUAACGCCAUGACUUCUGCUACAGCUGACACUACAACUACAGCUAACGUCACGACGUCUCCUACAGCUGACACCACAACAACAGCUAACGCCAUGACUUCUGCUACAGCUGACACUCCAACUACAGGUAACGCCACGACGUCUCCAACUGCUGACACCACAACUACAGCUAACUGUACGACGACAGCUACAGCUGAAACCAGUACUACAAAUAAUGCCACGACGUCUCCUACAGCUGACACCGGAACUACAGCUAACGCCACGACUACUGCUACAGCUGACACCAGUACUGCAACUAACGUCACGAUUACUGCUACAGCUGACACCAGAACUACAACUAACGCCACGACUUCUUCCACAGCUGACUCCAGAACUACAACUAACGCCACGACUUCUUCCACAGCUGACACAAGAACUACAACUAACGCCACGACUCCUACAGCUCACACCAGUACUACAGCUAACGCCACGACGCCUCCUACAGCUGACACUAGAACUACAACUAACGCCACGACUUCUUCUACAGCUCACACCACAACUACAGGUAAUCCCACCACUUCUCCUACAGCUGACACGAGUACUGCAGCUAAUACCACGACGUCUGCUACAGCUGAAAGCACGACUACAGCUGACGCAACGAUGUCUCCUACAGCUGACACCACAACUACAGCUAACGUUACAACCACUGCUACAGCUGAAACCACAACUACAGCUAACGCCACGACGUCUGCUACAGUUGCCACCAGUACUAUAGCUAACGCCACGACGUCCCCUACAGCUCACACCAAAACUACAGCUAACGCCACGAUGUCUCCUACAGCUGACACUAGUACUACGCCUAAUGCCACGACGUCUCCUACAGCAGACUCCAGAACUACAGCUAACGCCGAGACUACUGCUACAGCUGACACCAUAACUACAGCUAACGCCAUGACUUCUCCAACUGCUGACACCACAACAACAGCUAACGCCAUGACUUCUGCUACAGCUGACACUACAACUACAGCUAACGCCACGACGUCUCCAACUGCUGACACCACAACAGCUAACGCCACUGACACCGCAACUACAGCUAACGCCACGACUACUGCUACAGCUGACACCACACCUAAAGCUAAUACCACGAGGUCUCCUACAGCUGACACCACAACUACAGCUAACGCCACGACUACUGCUACAGCUGUCAAUAGAACUACCGCUAAUGCCACCACUUCUCCAACUGCUGACAUCACAACUACAGCUAACGUUACGACUACUGCUACAGCUGACACCAGAACUACAGCUAACGCCACGACGCCUGCUACCGCUGACACCAGUGCUGCAACUAACGUCACGAUUACUGCUACAGCUGACACCAGAACUACAACUAACGCCACGACUUCUUCUACAGCUGACACCACAACUACAGCUAACGUUACAACCACUGCUACAGCUGAAACCACAACUACAGCUAACGCCACGACGUCUGCUACAGUUGCCACCAGUACUAUAGCUAACGCCACGACGUCCCCUACAGCUCACACCAAAACUACAGCUAACGCCACGAUGUCUCCUACAGCUGACACUAGUACUACGCCUAAUGCCACGACGUCUCCUACAGCAGACUCCAGAACUACAGCUAACGCCGAGACUACUGCUACAGCUGACACCAUAACUACAGCUAACGCCAUGACUUCUCCAACUGCUGACACCACAACAACAGCUAACGCCAUGACUUCUGCUACAGCUGACACUACAACUACAGCUAACGCCACGACGUCUCCAACUGCUGACACCACAACAGCUAACGCCAUGACUUCUGCUACAGCUGACACUACAACUACAGCUAACUCCACGACUUCUCCAACUGCUGACACCGCAACUACUACUGCUACAGCUGACACCGCAACUACAGCUAACGCCACGACUACUGCUACAGCUGACACCACACCUAAAGCUAAUACCACGAGGUCUCCUACAGCUGACACCACAACUACAGCUAACGCCACGACUACUGCUACAGCUGUCAAUAGAACUACCGCUAAUGCCACCACUUCUCCAACUGCUGACAUCACAACUACAGCUAACGUUACGACUACUGCUACAGCUGACACCAGAACUACAGCUAACGCCACGACGCCUGCUACCGCUGACACCAGUGCUGCAACUAACGUCACGAUUACUGCUACAGCUGACACCAGUACUACAGCUAACGCCACGACGCCUCCUAAAGCUGACACUAGAACUACAACUAACGCCACGACUUCUUCUACAGCUCACAUUAGUACUACAGCUAACGCCACGACGCCUCCCACAGCUGACACCAGAACUACAACUAACGCCACGACUUCUUCUACAGCCCACAUUAGUACUACAGCUAACGCCACGACGUCUCCUACAGCUGACACGAGUACUGCAGCUAAUGCCACGACGUCUGCUACAGCUGAAAGCACGACUACAGCUGACGCCACGAUGUCUCCUACUGCUGACACCACAACUACAGCUAACGUUACAACCACUGCUACAGCUAACGCCACGACGUCUGCUACAGUUGCCACCAGUACUACAGCUAACGCCACGACGUCCCCUACAGCUCACACCAAAACUACAGCUAACGCCACGAUGUCUCCUACAGCUGACACUAGUACUACGCCUAAUGCCACGGCGUCUCCUACAGCAGACACCAGAACUACAGCUAACGCCGAGACUACUGCUACAGCUGACACCACAACUACAGCUGACGCCGAGACUACUGCUACAGCUGGCACCACAACUACAGCUAACCCCGAGACUACUGCUACAGCUGACACCAGAAAUACCAACAUAACUGAAGUAACCAGAACAAACACAACGACUGACACCAUUACAACUUCUGCUGAAGCCACGACAACGUCAACUACGGAGGACACCACAACGUCUUCCAAGGCUACAGAUGACAAAACUACAACUAUAGCCGGCGCCACCACAACUACGGCUUCAGCGAACACAACAUCAACAUCCGCACGACAUAUCUUCAGAAAGUGUGUGUGCAGAUGUCGUAACCAAACUGCAGCACCCAGCAAAAUUGACAAGGCAACAGAGAAAGCCAAAGAAAUAAAAGAAAAAUUAAAUAUUGAUGAGAAAUAUUUAAACAAAUACAUUCUACAGAGAAAAAGCCUAGAAGACAAGCGACCCUCUCCCGUCGUGAUAGGGGGGACGUUUGUUAUCGUUGUAGCUAUUCCUUUUGCAAUGGCUGUUUUGAGUGAUGCUGUCCAAGUAGUUAAAUGGCUGUGUAAGGUAAAACCAUGAAAAGGACAGUCCACGUGUGUGUUAAGAUACUUGAUUUGUUAUUUAACACCACACUCAGCAAUAUUCCAGCUAUAUGGCGGCGGUUAGUAUAUAAUGGAGUCUUGA